AUGGCUAGGGAGAGCUACUAUGAGAAGCUUGGUGGUUUGAUAGAGCAGCGGGACGGGAAAAAGGUUGCCAAUCUUCUGAAUGUUGCAAAUGGUCAGGCUAUUGAUUAUUUCAAAGGCAAUUCCAACUACCAUAACGAUGCCGCAAGGUAUCUUCCGAAAGAGUGGAAGGAAAUUGGUGUUUCCUUCGGUACAUGUCUGAAAUCCAUGCUGAAAAGUGACUACGAAGACUUUUUUCGGGCUUAUGAGAAGUUUAUUACUGCUUUAAAUCGCACAGCAAACAGUGAAGGCCUGUGGAUCAUCCCAGUUCUCAAAAAGUCGGCUGUGACUAUUACCAAAAUGACGGCUGUAUGCAGCGAUAAUAGCGCGAAACUCAAGGAAUACCUAGAACUCGCGUCAAGGUGUAUCAAUGGCACUUUCAAGAUCUGUUUGAACGAUCGCCAGUCGGACGAUAUGACCAGUACUAAGAAGAUCGCUGCGUACUUUUUUGCCGGCAUGAUGCUGCGGGUUUACUUCCGACUAAAGGCAUAUUCGCUGGCCAAAGGUAUCACAAAGGCUAUCACUGCGGUGGGCCAUACUAUUCCUCCCCUCGAUUCCUCGCCAAUUGCCGAUCAAGUCGUGUACACUUACUACAUUGGGGUUUUAGAUUUUAUGAGCCAGGCCUACUUUCCGGCCGAAAAGAAGCUGAGCAACUGUCUCUCAUUGAUUCCCUUGUCAGCGAAAAAGUCCCGGGAAACUGUUCUGCUUUAUCUUAUUCCAGCAAAACAACUCGCCAACAUCGUACCCAUCCCGGAGUUGUGGAGCGAGUUUCCCGCUCUAGAGAAAGUCUACAAGCCUCUUCUAGAUGCGCUCAAACUAGGAAAGCUCGGUAUCUAUCACAAACUGCUUGAGGAGCAUCAGAACUUUCUUGUGACUCGACAUCUGUACUUUGCAUUUACCAGGCUAUCACAAGCAUGCUCACUUCAUUUAAUAUUCAAGACUUGGCUUGCCUUGGGCAAGGGAAAUCGUUUGAAGGUUGAGGACUUGGCUGCUGCCUACCAUUUGGAGAGCUACUUUGAUGAUGUAUUCAAGACCCCAGAAGAGCAGGCUAAUGCAGUAGAGUUGCAGGUCGCAGAGAUGAUUUCUGAGGGUAAAAUGCGUGGCUACAUUAGCCAUUCAAUGCGAACAGUUGUUUUGAGCAAUCGAAAUCCUUUCCCCACGCUCGUCAAGCCCGCGCCAGCAUCAUGA